UUCCGUAGUGAAACCUCUCUCUUUCUCCGCCUAAUGUUUACAUCAUUCGAUUCUCUACAUCAAAUGCACGCAGCACAUGUGCACGCGAUCGAUCGUCUUUACCAAAUAAUUUUCAAUAACCUCUGGACACAUUGGCCAACUCUCUCUCUCUCUCUCUCGAUUGAAGGCAAGCGCCGGCUGGCGAAUACGGCAGUGACCAAGUCCUUGCAGCUGCUCAGAUUUCAAUAGCGUGGAUCAGAAUCGUGUACCGCAGAAUGUUCGGCUACGUUCUCCUUGGAGCGGCACUGUGCCUAGUCUACUGGAUGCGAGAUAUGUUGCUUGACAUUCUCGUUUUGGUGAAAAUCGCCCUUGGCGGCACCACUUCGAUACGUAGAAUAUCCGCCAAAUCCCGCCUGCUGAUGUAUGUGCUGGAGACGGCGUUCUUGGACUCCACGUCUCUGGUAGAGGUGGAGGCGCUGCUGCGCUCUGCAAUGACGACCGAUCCGGGCGUGGACAUUGCCGCAAUCCAAGACACACUGCUCUCGUACAAAUCAAUAGUCUUGUAUCGCGAUAGGAUUGAUGGCUCACUACGCGGCAUGGCGGUGCUGGAUGAAAUGCCGCGAGAAUUUCGCGGCCAGGACAUAGUGCAAAUGCGCUCGGGACUCUGGGUAGUGCAACGCGAAUACAGAGGUGGCGUGCUUCCAUACAUAUUCUAUUUAUCGCGCUUUCUUGCGGCAUUUAUACGACAUCCUGGUAAGCCCAUCUAUUUCUUGGUCAAGUUGUUCAGCUACAAGACGUACCUGGUUGCGAUGCGCAGUUCCAGCGAGGCGUAUCCACGCUAUGAUCAGGAGACGCCAGCCUUCGAACAAGCCCUCAUGGACGAGUAUGGGUACGCGAGCGAGACGCCGCAGCGUCAGUAUAACGACAAAACUGGCGUUCUGGAAUCUACGGCAGUCAGGCUGGAAGAACACGCGGCGCCGAUCACUGAUGAUGAGCUUUGCGAUCCCCACAUUGCUUACUUUGCGGAUAAGAACCCCAAGUGGAGCGAAGGGCAUUGCCUGGUGACUGUGCUAAAGAUAACACCAAAUUCACUAUUAAGGAUCCUGUGGAGAAUUGUUCAGCGGAAAACAAGCGUCCCUAAGAAGAGACGCAUGAAUCAACAUGUGCCGCGUAACCUCAAACUUUUGAAGAUGAUAUCCGUGACGGAUUUCCUUGGCAAAUCCUCGCAGGAUGUAGGUGACGUCCCCGAAAGUAAAGGAGUGUCGACCGUCGGCGACGAAGCAUUGUUCGAUAAGUACCUGUAGGUCCAUUACAUCGUGGAGUGACAGCGGCUGCCGCGUGCUGGUCUUGGCUGCCACUGUUCAUGUGUAUUUGUAGCUGGUAGCAUCCAGGAUGCUCGUCGACAAGUCAGAGAGCCUCAGGAGAGCGGAGUAUCUACCAUUUACUGAGCUGUCUGAGCGAGUGCCGUGUCAUGCUAAGGCCGCUUGCCUCACUUACAUGUACAUGUACGUAGUUGCACUGUGCCAGUAAACGAGCACCCUCUGCAGAAUGAUUGCUUUCGCCGUUGCAAAUUAUACACAAUUCGUUUUCGUUGCAUCCAAGGCCAGACUAGUGUGCUUCUUCGGGACCUCUUUUUACUCCGUUCUUCAGCAGCUAACGAUGCCGAACCCGCCUUCACUCCUCCAGUGGCCUUAUUCUAUCCCAAUUUUAUUCAAGCUACGGUCUGUUUUCUCUGACGGACGGAUAUGGAAUAGUCCUCCUUCUGAUAGCUGCACUACUGCAUCCCCAAUCCUAUUUUAAACAUGCAUUACUUUUGAAAUUCUUAGGUACCCUGAAAGAAGACCUUGAGUCUAUGGGGACUGCCCUAUAAACAUAGGAAUAUAAUUAUAAACUUGUUGUUGAAUAUUAUUAUAAACUCGUUGUUGUCUGGCCAUGUCUACAUUUAUUAUAUUCUUUAUUGCACUUAUAAAAUUACUUUCUCCACGCCGACUCUUCGAAUAUCAUUAUGAUAACAAUAACCCGUGAGCGAACCUGGUGGAGUUGGAUCUAAACCCAUUUUCAAGUUUUGCUCUCUCUCCGGCCACUGGGAUCUCAACCAGUGUGUGACUGUCUGCUUGGUCAUGUGACUGGUAUACUGAGGUUCCAGUAGUACACGCACUGUAUGUGCAUGUGCUUAUGAUG